GUGAACCUGUUACUUUGACGCAGACGACUUCAUCAAACGUAACAGUAGCUUUACAUCAUAAGACAGCUCCCAGAUAACAGUUCAAGAAGCUUCGAAGGACCCAACUCUUUCAACACCUGCGAGCAGCCUCCUAGAUAUUCGACUUGCUCUUUUCAAGCUUUGAAAAGUAUAGGUAUCAAUCUAGUCGUAUUGUCAAGGAAGGGCGUCCUUUCUGGAAUUCGGGCUCUCGGCAUGACUGGCGCGGCUAUUCCCAAAAGCAAACAGUCUUCACCCCGUAGAUUCGGUCAUGGAGCAUAGUGUAUAAGGCCGCAGUAGCAGUAGGGCGGGUUGGGGUCCCGGACGACAGCGGCACGGCGCGGGUGGUAACACCCCGCGCCAACCGGCGACUUCGGGCCCCAGCAGCCCACCGCACAUCACAUACCGUGACUACAGCUUAACCUCAACAACCAUCGGAGUCACUCGCUUGAUGAACAACCACCACAACCUGAAACUAGCUCCUGUCAACUAGGACCCAGACACUUCUGACAACCAGGCGCCGCAGACAACAGCGCUCCAGCAGCCCCGACCCACAUGCCUGCUGCAAUGGCGGGUCGCAGCAGCGGCGGCGAGACCGCCAAGCCCGACAGGACCGGUGGCGGUGGUGGCGGCGGCGGUAGCAGCGGCAAUGCAAAUGGCGGUCAGGCUCAGGCUCAGCCGCACACGCCCACCUCCACUAGUGAGCGCAUCUACUCUGCCAAGCAGCUGACGGAGGCGCUCAAGAGCGGGAUGGCGGCGGUGAAGGACCAGCUGCAGGUCCUGGCCAUCCUGGACGGCACGGCUCUGUCGUGGCCGGGUGUGGGCCAGGCGGUGGACGACAUGGAGUUCCUGACCGACAUGACCGCACAGACCACCAACAAGCUGGAGGCGGACAAGAGGGGGCUGCAGGCCCAGCUGGAUGAGGCCAGUGGGGAGGUGGUGACGCUGCGCGAGUCGCUGGCGUCGGCAUCAGCGCAGCGGGAUGACCUGCAGCGGCAGCUCAACUCCAGCAGCAAGGAGCUCCGGGACACGCGCUCCAGCCUGGACGAGACACGGAGGGAGCUGCAGCAGACCAAGCAGGAGGUGUGGGCGCUGGAGAAGCAGCGCGCGGACCUGGCCUCGGAGCUGGACCGCACCCGGCAGGAGCAGGACUUCCUGGAGGGGGAGUGCAGCAGCCUCAGGACCUCCAACUCGGAGCAGGCCGCCCAGAUCACCUCCCUCAAGGAGGAGCUGGCGGCGCGGCGCGCGGACGUGGGCCACCUCAAGCAGCUGAGCGCAGAGCUCAAGGGCUCCGUGGAGCACCUGAAGGGCCAGCUGGAGGGCACGCAGGAGGCGCUGACGGGGGCGCAGACCAGCCUGCAGCACGUGCGCAGCGAAAAGCAGCACUAUGAGAAGGAGAGCGGGCGGCUGGCGGAGGAGGCGGCGCGGCUGGCGGCGGAGCUGGAGCGCACCAGCCGCGAGGUGGCCCGCCUCAAGGAGUGGACCGACGUUAUCAAGAAGGUGGAGGCGGACAAGCUGCGGGAGGAGCAGGCGGCGCACGGCCGCAGCCGGGCGGCGGCGGAGGCGGCGGCGGCGGAGGCGGAGAAGCGGGAGGCGCUGUUGGCGGCAGACGUCAAGGGGCGGGAGGAGCAGCUGGUGGCGCGUGUGUCGGAGCUGGAGCUGCAGCGCAAGUCCAACGCGCUGCUGCAGCUGCAGAUCAAGGACCUGCAGAAGCAGAUGGGCCUCACGCAGGGGGAGCGCAACGCGGCGGCCGCGGCGAGGGAUGAGCAGCGGGCGGCCGCGGCCAAGCUGCAGGCUGAGAUCCAGCGCAUGCGGCUGGAGUGGGCGGGCAAGGAGCAGGACCGCACUCUGGCGGAGGGCGCGGUGCGGGAGGCGGCGGCGGCCGAGAGGGCACGGCUCAAGGCCCAGCUGGAGGAGGCGGUGAAGGAGACGGCACUGGCGCGCACCAUGGCGGAAGGCUGGCAGCGCGAUGUGCGGGAGGCGCGGGCGCGCAUCGGCGAGGAGCAGGCCAAGUUCGCGGCUCUGGCGAAAGAGCUGGAGGGCGCGCGGGCGCAGCUGAGCGAGGGGCGUGUGGAGCACGUGCGCACCGGCGCGGUGGCGGAGACGGCGGCGGCGGGGCUGCGGCAGCAGCUGGUGGCCAAGGAGGAGGAGCUGCGGCGGGUGCGGGCGGAGAGCAGCUCGGCGCAGAAGCAGCUGGAGAAGGCCAUUGAGCGGCUGCAGCGGGAGGUGGAUGCCAGCGCGGCGGAGAUCGCGCGGCUCAAGUCCGGCGAUGACGCGCUGUUCACCCGCCUGCCGCCCGUGGCCCGGGCCGCCACCCUACACGACGACCUGGAGGCACUGAGGAGGGCGCUGCGAGAGCGCAUGGCCAAUGCCGGCGGUUACUCCUCAGACCACCACCACCACCCGCCAUCACACUACGGCCUUGCGACCGCGCCGGCAGGAGCAGGGGCUGUAGCAGGAGGGGGAGGCGGCGGCGGGACGUCUCUGCCAGCGCUGCAGGCGGGGUCGCCGCAGCCACAGGGGCGGGCGCCACCGCCUGGUGCGCCACCGGAACGGCCGCCUCACUUGCGGAAUAAGACCCGGUAGCGAUCAUGGGACAGCUAUGGUGGUGGUCUGGUGGCGAUCUGGGGAUGGCGGCACCGGGGGCGGGGGAGCGGGGCUGAGGAGUCGGGGAGGAUGUGGGGGCUGCCGGGCGGGGGGCGUGGCGGGUUCGUGGGUACAGGUGUGAUGCAGGUGCUGCUGCUGCCGCUGUAAGGCGUGGCGAGGGCCGCCCGGCUGCUGCAAUUGCGACUGGGUGACCUCACCAGGACCUGACGUGACGGAAAUGUCACAGACUUACUGUGGAUUGACUUGAAUGCAAACGAAGCGGCGGCGGCGGCGGCAGCAGCGGGGGCGCGUGCGCGCAUCUUGGUAGCGGAGGGGGCGGGAAAGGCCACGUGGAGGAGGAGAGCGCAGCGCCGCCCAAAAAGCGGCGCAAGCGCGCAGGCUGAGGAGCCGUCUGGUGUCUAGGUAGCGGUCCGCGGUGGGGCUGGCAGGGCAAGUAGUGCGGCUGUUGAGAACUGUGCUGUGUCUGGCUGCGGUUGGCUCUGCUGUGGCAUCGCGAUUGCUAGAUAGGCACCUGGUUUGGCUAUGGGCCUGUGGAAGCCCACCCCGGCUAUGUCCGGGAGAUGAGGUUGUUCGGCCUUAGACUGUGGAGGGGCUCAGCCCCUUUUCCCGUGACCGGGGAACACUUGUCAGCCGUACGCGCCCGCUCGUCUUCACGGUGCGUCCGGACGGCCUUGGUUUGUGCGGUGCGCCUACCGUAUUGCCGCUGUUAGUUGCAUGUGUUGGUGCAUGUGUUGGUGCCUGUGCAUGUGUUGGUGCCUGAGCCUUAGGGGAGCCUAAGCUGCAUGAGCUUACCGCGUUCCUGUCUGGGUGCUGCAGUAGGUGUUGAUAGACCCGGGGGCCCGAGCGCGGCCAGCAGGCGGCGGUAGCGGCACAAACGUCACUGGAGGCGGCGUCAGAACCAGCACGCACCAGCAGCAACCGCGCGGUAGCGAGCGAGGAGUAGGCACUGGUCGCGAUGCGUGCGGCGGCGGCUGGUGCUAGACGGCGGCAGCUGGUGCUAGACGGCGGCGGCUGGUGCUAGACGAGCGAGGGCGUGCGGCGGCUGUGGGCGUCAGUGAUAGAUGCUCCAUGUGGACAUGAAGCUCGACAGCGACCCCCACAUGCCAGACCUGUCCUCGGACGGCGACGGCUGGUGACGAGUGCUGACGAGUGAGCCGUGCGGCCUUUGCUGGUGGUCUUGUUGGCGAUGUGGUUCUAGGCAACGAUGAAGCGUUGCGGUUGGCGGUAGGUGGUGCGUAGUGCCGUGCGUGGGCGGCGUGCGUGCCUUGGAGCAAGCAAGCAGGCGCCAAGGGCGGCGGCAAUCAAGGAGAGCCUACUCAUUGCUUUCCCGAACAAGCUGGGGCGCGGCGGCAUGACCUUUUGGGCAGGGGCAGGUCCGACCAUGAGAUUUCUGCGCAACAAUAAGUUGCACACGCGUGCGUGACACGGCACACGGGCCUACCUGCAGCUCCUUGGCAGUGGUGGUGGUUUUGCUGGCUCACAGCGGGGCAGUAGGAGCUUGAACGCGCUGACGCGCGUGCGCACAUUGGUAGCUGUGGGCAAUCCCGCACGGCCCUGGAGUACUCGCUCUGCGUGUUUCAUUGCACUGCAGGCUGUGCAUCGGUUAGUAAACUUCCAGGUGCGGCCUUCCUCAACAAUCUCGGCUUUCUCCUUUGCACUCCACUUCUACUUCUGCUACUGAACCUGGCCAAUUCAACCCUGUUACCAGCCUGUUACCGAAGAUGUAUGCUUAAAGAAACCGAAUGCGCACGGUGUCGGCUGGUGUCGGCAUCCUAUCACACGGUGCUGCGGGUGCUACCCUCAGAGACAUGAUGGGCAGCUUUGUAUUGUGCGGCACCUUUCCGCUGUGGGCUGAAGGUCUAGCAGGGCUGCAGGUGGUCAUGCUGCUGGUGUGUGCGUGGGAUGCGCAACUGCGCAAGCGGGUGGUGCGACCCCUGUUCGCACCAUUUCCCCAAGGGCAAAGGCAGGACUCGCUCUGCUGGCGAGUACGCGAGGCGCCCAGGAGAACACAGAAGCG